GCUCAUGUAAACAAGCAAAUUAAUUUGACAAAUUUGUCAUUUGGAUAUUUGCCUUCAACUGAAAAAUCAAUAAAAUUUCCUCAAAAAAAUCAUCAAAUUAAUGAAGAUGAGCUGCCAGAAGAGUUCGAUUCUGCAAAAAAUUGGCCAAAAUGUGCCAACAUAAUCGAAAGCAUUCGAGAUCAAGGUCACUGUGGUUCUUGCUGGGCAUUUGGAGUGACUGGUGCUAUUUCGGAUCGCAUAUGCAUCCACUCUAAAGGUGAAAAGUCGGUAUUUAUUUCGGCUCAAGACUUGUCAGCUUGCUGUUCAUACUGUGGUUUUGGUUGUGGAGGUGGUGAUCCGAUUGCAGCAUAUGAUUACUACGUCAAGUCGGGCAUUGUCACCGGUGGACUGUACAAGUCGCAUGACGGUUGCGUUCCCUAUUCACUGACAAACUGUUCUCACCAUAUUGAGGGAUCACUUCCUGACUGCUCAACGCUUCCUCAAAUCAAUCCAAAGUGUGUGCGUCAGUGUGAACCUGGUUACCCGACACCGUACGAGCAGGACAUUCAUUUUGGCGAGAAAGCUUACACACUUAACGGAGAGGCGCAAAUAAUGGCUGAAGUGUACAAGAACGGCCCACUGACUGUGUCCUUUAUUGCGUUUGCUGAUUUUUUGACCUACAAAUCUGGAGUCUAUCAGCACCUUACUGGCGAAUUUGCUGGUUAUCAUGCCGUCCGCCUCACCGGAUGGGGCGUGGAGAAUGGCGUCAAAUACUGGAAAAUUGCCAACUCGUGGAACACUGAUUGGGGCAACAAUGGUACAUUUCUUAUCAAAAGAGGCAACGACGAAUGCAGCAUUGAAACUAUGAGUGUAGCGGCUGGUUUGCCUAAACUGUAG